AUGCCCGCUCUCAUUCGCUCCGAAGCCUCCACCAGCCCAUGCAACGAGUUCCGGUCCUUCAGGCUGAGCUUCGAAGCUAAGGAGAAUGCGCGCAAGUACGGCAAGGACUCCGGCCUCUUUAUUCAGUGGUUCUGCGCCUUAGUCCAGCCCUGCGCCGAGUGGCUCCUGCACCCGCGAAACUUCAAGUUCAGCGACAACGAAGUGCGCGAGGUGCUGGUCUUCUCCCAAGAGUGGCUCGCCCUCCUCGACUUUAGCAAGGAGUUUGCAUUGAGAACCGAGGAGCAGCGGGAAGUGUUGUAUGGGUACAAGUGCGACAUUCCAGCGGCGCUUGGCGGGUACUGGGGAGCUUUCCAUGCCGCGUGGGAACUGUGCCCAGAGCGUCGUGUCAAGGACUCGCCGUACAACUUUUCGAAGCUCGACAUCCGGGCGCUCGGCUACGUGCGGAAGUGGUUCAACGACGCGGGAUUGCCGCUGAGCGACAUGUGCCAGAUGUUCGAGGAUUUGCCGUCGGAGGUCAUACAAGAGCGGUACCAGUAUCUCUUCGACACCAAGGGUCGGAAAAACGAGCCGGAUACGAGACGGUACUGGAGCAUAUUCCUCGCGGGCUUGGCGAGAUGUCUGGUACGGGAAAGCCUGAACAUGUCCGGUCACAAACCGUAUGAGCGGCAGGAGCGCUUCCGGGUCUUUGUUCCCAUCGCGCGCGAGCGUCUCAGCUGGCUGGAGUGUAUCAAGGAUCCUGUUACUUUCGGAGGAGCGAUGGCUUUGAAGGAGCCCGCCACGUUCCACAACGGCUCUCCCUCGGAUCGAGAGGCGUACAUCGUCAGGAACAUGCUGGCGAUAUGCAGCUACGUGCUCACGGACUUGUGUAUGGCGGAGUCUUCGGCGGAGCAGGCGAUUUGUAUGUUCAUUGAGACGCAUCGUCCAAAAAAUUAGUACCGUAGAAGAUCAUACUCAUUGUCCAAUGCCUGAAGAACAUCAACCUGAGAGAGAAGUGGGAAUACACGAAGCCAUAGAUUGAUCGCAACACCCCAGCGUAGAUUACUUG